CUUCAUUAUGGGAGAGAGCGUUUAUUUGCACCGGAGAAAAUAGGUCAGCACGGUGUAUAAGUGGCAGAUUCAUUCGACGGAUGUCCGAUACGCGUGCUCCCGUAAAAGAUAAUAAUUGCUUCCGUGGCUUCGACCUCAGCGUCAACGGUGCUGAACCUCAGAUGGUGGAAUUCCCGAGUAUUGCCGCCCCGAGUCAGGAGGCCCAUUUGGGGUCGGAGCACCGGCGCCGCCAUCUUCACGUGCACUCUCCGGCCGUGGUGAGCCGGAUCUAGCAACCGGUUGACUGGACACCGUGAUCCGUACGGAGCUCAAGCUUGCGAUGACCAGUCGAUACUUUGUUGCGGAUAUGCAUACCCAUGAAUUGGAUUUCCUCGAAGCCACCUCGACUGGGUUCUAAAUGGGCCACUCAAGCUACAGGGUGUUGAUACUCGUCAGCGACUCGUGAGCAAGGCCGCCGUCCGUUUUGGGGAACCGUGUUCCCCUGGUUUCAGUGUCGCAGUCGCACCAGCCAAACAUAUGGCAUGCAAAGGGGUCAGGAGUGCAGCCGACUUGAAGGUGUGUGUUGCACUCGAGCACUGCA